AUGCCUUAUUCGUAUCGGACCGGACCAGAUCUUCCUCUAGAGUCAGACCCUCGCAAAUUAUGGAUGGCAUCGCUUCGAUAUAGGGUAUACCUAGGCUCGGUAAGGACUUUCUGCUUCGGCAAACGCUCUUCUGAUAGCAAAGACCCACAUGAUAGUUUCGACCACAGCUCUGAGCCCUACACGACCUACUGGAAGUCUACUCUUAUAAUGCCAAUAUGCUCACCUUUUCCCAGCUCUUCCAUUACAUCCCGAGAACACCGAACGAGCUCGACUGGAGAGCUGAAUAGCGGCGAGCGAGUGAAUGAUCAAUCCACGUAUAACGGCGAAGACUACCGGGAAGAGAAGCGAAUCUUGCUAGCCGCGCCGCGCGCGCCGCGGAGAGGGAGGCACCUGUUGGUACACUAUGCAGAUGCGGCGUAUUUGGCGCGCAAAAAGAGGAAGCAUAAACUUGAAGCUCCGCCAGGUGGGCUUUUGCCUUUUACCCUUUCACCCUUCCACCACGAACACCACGAUAACAAAAGAGUCACGCGCACCGCACCGCACCACACCACACUACACCGCACCGCACCGCACCGCACCGCACCGCACCGCACCGCUUCAGAGACGAGUACAGCAUGCCAUGUCACACCGAUACGCCCAAGCCAGUCCACCACAGCCUGCUUGACGACAAGCUGGACCGCUUCGCCCCGACUUCAAGCAAAGCGAAGGACGUAUGCUGCGGCCGCAAACAGCCGCGAAAGGAGGAAGUCGACGCAGCUGCGGCUUGGGCCAAGUGAGGAUCAGGAGGAUAGCGGCGAAGCUGAUGUCAACAUGGCCGACUGUCCCAAUCCAUGUGCAGAAAGAGCGCGACCUGAGCUGGUAAAGGCCGAGCCAGGCGUGUGGAACGGCGUAUUAGGGACACAAAUGCAACCUCAUUUGCAACCUCUCCGCAAGCAGGAGCUUCACGUUGCAAGCAGCUGGCCUGGCUUGCCAACCGCUCCAUCUAGCGACAAGCAGAGGGCUGUGGACGAUGUCAAGAGGAUGCGAUUCUGUGCGAUAGAAGAAAGUAGCUCUUCAAUUCCACAAGCUAUAGAAGCCUGCAUGUCCCUUUGUCCGCCGAUUCCAGACUCGAGAAGCCAAGUUCUAGAAGACCAGCAUGAGGCUUCAAUUUUGCCAGGACACCGGAAGACUCUGAGUCCAAUUGGCCUAAGAUUCAAGAGCAUGUCAAUACCGACGGAGCCGAUAUCAUAA